UUGACUCCCUAAACUCUGCAGAAAAGGACUGCAUCGGCGCCUCCAUCUUCCUCCCCGGCGCCCCCUCUCUCUUUCUCUGCAACUCCGCAGAAAGUGAUGAAAUUGGACGUUAAUUAUCCGUCACCGAAGUGCUGCACCGUCACCGAAUACCCGUGCCCUGCUACACUUUAACAUGGCGAAAAAAAAUAAAAAGGCCAGAAAAGGCAGAGAACUCGAAGGGCACAGCGCCGCUAAUCCUUUGCCUCAAGUAAAGAGAUUCAAAGCAAUACAACAGGCAGCCCAGUUACCAAGCACCUGCCUGGUUAGGGGCGUUGGGAACAUUCAAUGGGGGGGCGAGAGCCUACGAUAUGAGCACCGGACGCGGCUGUUCCGGCUCCUCAGCCACCUACUCAUGCACCACAAUUGGGCCGAGGCGAGUGGCGCCUUGAGUGUCUUGAUCCAAGGGACCAUCAAGGACCAUUCUCUCUCUGGAAACCGUGCCAAGUAUACGGCUGCAUUGGAGCUUCUUAGUGUUAUAGAAGGUGAAAAUCUCAGAUCCAGAAGAAUCCAGGGUAUCUAUGAGGUAUGGAUGAAAAAGAUUGGGUUGUUGAAGUACUGGCAUACAAAGCAUAGAUUUUCUGUGCAACUGGAGGUUAUUCUUACUUGUCUUCAACGUGGGAAUACGAGGGAUGCACAUCAAGCUGCUCUCUUUCUCAAGAAGGAGCCUGGUUUUGAUGGCGACGCAGUUGCAAAUUUGGUUGUUGGGUUGACAUUUUGUCAGGUGUGGUAUUCUGGUCUGCCAGAAGAGUUACAAUUGACAGCUCUUGAUUCAUCUGGCUUCGGUUUACAAUCAGAAAUUCCUAUCGAUAAAAUUCACAUGCCGAUUGAAUAUUCUGAGGUUGACAGCCCUCAUGAAGCAGGAGGAGACAACUCGAACAUACAUUGUGGUUCAAUCACAUCUGUAGCCAAAGAUAAAGAAGUAGGUGAAUGCGACAGUAAUAAAAAUUCUAUAGACACUGAGACCAAAGAGAAAAAGGAAACUUCUUGUUUCAGCUAUGAGCUGCAAGACUCUCGUGAGGAAUCAGCCGAACCCAAUGGAAUCAGCGGUUCUUCAUUCUCCGACUGUAGCGGUGACCUUCCUCAAGCCUCUAUUUUCCUAACCCAAGGCUUACCUCCAUGGUUAUUGCCCUUGAAGUUGCCUAUUUCUCAUGAAAAUUUGGAGGAUGCAGUACGUAUGCACAGAAAUUUGCUCAACGAAGACUAUAAGAAUGCAGUAAAACACUUACGUGUUGCUCUUCACACAACACCACCAGCAAUGGAGGCCCUCCACCCUUUUAUACAGAUGCUCAUUCUUGGAGAUCAAGUCCAUGAGGCCCUUGAUGAACUCGGAACGUUAUUUCAAAACUCAGAGACAGUACUCCAACUAAGGUUGCAAGCAAGUCUACUGGAGCAUUUUGAUAGUGGAAAUUAUGUGAAGCUACGUACAUACUUUGAGGACAUCUUGAAGAAGGAUCCCACAUGCAAUGACUCCUUGUCAAGACUUGUGCUCAUGCAUCAGUGUGGAGACUAUGACACACAGAGUUUGGUGGAAAUGUUAGCCUUACACUUAGAUGCUUCACAUGGGACAUGUGACACGUGGCAAGAAUUAGCAUCUUGCUUAUUGAAACUCUCUCAGUGUGAAGGAGACAGAGAGUCUGUCUGCAAUAGUGGCAAUGGUUCUGACAAUCCGGGAUGUUUGGAUGAUUCAAAUAGGGUACCGGAAUUAUUCACCUGUGGCGAGUCUGGAAAAAGUUGGAGAUUACGCUGCAGAUGGUGGCUGAAUCGCCACUUCCAUGACAGGAUCUUGAUGUCUGAGAUCGCCUCAGGUGAUUUGAAGCUUCUGAGCUCUAAAGCAGCUGCAGCUUCACAUAUUUACGGACGGCAUUUCAAAUACGUUGUGAAGACGACUGAAACGGUGGAGAAACAAGACGAUAUGGAACUCUACUGUUUCUUACAAAGUCACCUUCUAAAUUCUGUUGGUUUUUGUACUGUUAAAGGACGGAGUUGAUAUAUAUACAACACGAAAUAGUUACACAGUUUGUCAUCAA